CCACACCUUACUUUCUUUGCUUACAAUACAUACAUUUUUAUUUUAUUCAUUAAAAAGUAGAUGGUUUUAACAAUACCCAGUAUUUAAAAUCUCAAGUUACAGGGAUCUCAGUAGUGAAAUCUGCUAGGGAAUAAAGGCUUCUCUUCUGCAACAAGAAUCCUUUUUUUCUUCUUCUUUUUCUUUUUCAUGGCUUUCUUGAUCUUUAGCCUUAAAAAAUAAAGAAGCACAUGAAAUAACUGGGAAACACUAAUGAGUUGUUGAUUAUUUAUUAGUGUUUCCUUUUAAUGUUAAAGGGUUAAAGGAGUGAGUGGUCCUUUCAUUUUGUGGUAUUUACAGGUCACUUGUGUGUUUCGUUCAAUGACCAGUAGCUACAAGGUUCUUUUGUAGUACCCUUGCCACUUUAUUAUAUUGUCUCUGCCUGUACAUGAAAACUGUAGUGUCAGUAGGAAUUGUUGUUUCCUUGUUGACAUGUGUGUUGAUGUAUGGCUGUUAACGUUUCUUGGAUUUUGCUCAAGUAGGUGAAUACUUGGGUACUUCUAUUUUAGUGUUGCUUUUGUUUGAGGAUUGGAAGUUUAUGAGUGGGUUAUUGACUCUGGUGAAAGUGUGAAAUGCAAGUAAAUAUUCAUAAUCUGAACUGGUUUUUGAUGCAUUCUUGAAGAUUUUGUCACAUUUGUGGAGGCUUCCUUUGGAGUUGGAGAAGAAACAUGGGAGUUGGGCUAAAAUUUGUGGGUCUGGAUUUGCUAUCUUAUAUUCUUGCUGAUAUUUGGAGGAAAAGAAUAACCAGUUUUUCAAAGAUUACUUGCUCAAAAUAGAACCUGGUUUCAUUAAGUCUAUAGAGGUUGCAGUGCUUUCUCUUUGCACAAUUGCUUCAAAAGUACUUGGCAUUCUUCUAUAUUUUGCUGCUGGUCUGCCAUUUCUAUUUAUACAAUCAAUGGCAAAGUCAUUCCAGUAUUCUGCAAUCUUAGUUUUCAUCACUGUACUGGUGUCGGUCAAUCAUUCAGAGCAACUGCAGUCCUCCCAGGGUGAGACCCUUCUAAGAAUUCAGCGGAUUUUGAACUAUCCGUCAAUUCUGAACAGUUGGAAUAGCACUACUGAUUUCUGCAAUACAGACCCAAAUCCUUCUUUAACUGUAGUUUGCUAUGAGGAUAGCAUUACACAGCUGCAUAUCAUUGGCAACAAGGGAGCACCACUUUUGCCAAGGAACUUUUCAAUCGAGUCAUUUGUGACCACAUUAGUAAGUCUUCCAAAUUUGAAAGUCUUGACAUUGGUUUCUCUUGGUUUAUGGGGUCCAUUGCCUGGUAAAAUUGCUCGUUUGCCAUCACUGGAAAUGCUUAACAUGAGUUCCAAUUUCUUAUAUGAUGCCAUCCCUGAAGAUCUUUCAUCACUAGGUAGCCUCCAGACACUCGUACUUGAUGACAAUAUGGUUUCUGGUGAGUUGCCAAAUUGGCUGGAUUCAUUUCCCCUUUUAACUGUCCUAAGUUUGAAAAAAAAUAUGUUCAACGGGUCAUUGCCGAAUUCAUUGAGUAAUUUGGCAAAUCUCAGAGUUCUUGCACUUUCACAUAACUACUUCUACGGAGAAGUUCCGGAUUUAAGCAGUUUGACAAAUCUUCAAGUGCUGGAUUUGGAAGAUAAUGCUUUCGGACCCCAAUUUCCCCAGCUUGGAAACAAGUUGGUUACUCUUACACUGAGCAAGAACAAGUUCAGGGAUGGCAUUCCUGCUGAGGUUAGCUCCUAUUAUCACCUCCGACAGCUGGAUCUCUCAAAGAAUAAGUUUGUGGGACCAUUUCCUCCAUUGUUGUUAUCAUUGCUUUCCAUAACUUAUAUAAACGUCGCAGACAACAAGUUAACAGGAAUGCUUUUUGAGAAUCAAUCUUGCAGCGCUGAUCUUGAAUUUGUAGAUUUGUCCUCAAAUCUUAUAACUGGACACUUGCCCAAGUGCCUUCAGUCUGAUUCCAGGGAAAAAGUCCUGUAUGCUGGGAACUGUCUAGCAAUUGAGAAGCAAAACCAGAAUCCGAUUUCCUUUUGUCGUAAUGAAGCAUUGGCUGUCGGAAUUCUUACCCAGCAUAAGAAAACGAGACAUGCUUCUAAGGUUAUUACACUGGGUGUAAUUGGAGGGGUUGCUGGUGGGAUUGCAGCUGUUGGUUUGAUUUUCUUGAUUGUUAGAAAGGUCUACGCCAGGAAGGCAAUCAAGAGACCGACUACAAGACUCAUUGCAGAGAAUGCAUCGACUGGGUACCCCUCGAAAUUGCUUUCUGAUGCAAGGUAUGUAUCUCAAACAAUGAAGCUAGGAGCCCUUGGUAUUCCAGCUUAUCGCACCUUUUCACUGGAGGAGCUUGAGGAGGCUACAAACAACUUUGACACAUCUGCUUUCAUAGGUGAAGGCUCUCAAGGACAGAUGUACCGAGGUCGGCUUAAGAAUGGUUCUUAUGUAGCCAUUAGAUGCCUAAAAAUGAAAAGAAGCUACAGCACCCAAAACUUUAUGCACCAUAUAGAGCUGAUUUCGAAACUCAGACAUCGACAUUUGAUCAGUGCUCUUGGACACUGCUUUGAAUGCUACUUGGAUGAUUCAAGUGUCAGCAGAAUAUUUCUUGUCUUUGAAUAUGUACCAAAUGGCACACUAAGGAGCUGGAUCUCAGAAAAACGUAGCAGACAAACACUUAAUUGGGCUCAACGGAUAGCAGCUGCAAUAGGAGUAGCAAAGGGCAUUCAGUUCUUGCAUACAGGCAUACUGCCAGGUGUAUACUCUAAGAAUCUGAAAAUAACAGAUGUUUUGCUAGAUCAGAACCUUGUUGCGAAAAUUUGCAGUUAUAACCUGCCCCUAUUAGCAGAGAACGCAGGAAAGAUUGGCCAUGGAGUUUCUUCUGGUGGGUCCACAGAUCCUAUCACUGUUGCAAGGAAAGAUGAAGAAGAGAAAGUUGAUGUUUAUGAUUUUGGAGUAAUAUUACUUGAAAUCAUUGUGGGUAGUCCACUGAACUCCAUGAACGAAGUGGAUGUUCUAAAAGAUCGGUUACAAGCAAGCAUCAUUAGUGAUGAAGCUGCUCGAAGGAGCAUGGUUGAUCCAGCUGUUAAAAGGAAAUGUUCAGAUCAAUCAUUGAAGACAAUGAUGGAGGUUUGCGUCAGGUGUCUGCUUAAGAACCCAGCAGAUAGACCUUCAGUCGAGGAUGUACUGUGGAACUUGCAGUUUGCUGCUCAGGUUCAGGAUGGAUGGCGGGGAGACUCCAGCGAAGGCUCUCCAAUCUCACCUUCAAAUCCUCCAGACUUGCACCUUACUGUACAGUAGCAGCAAUGUGCAGGAAAUGGCCAUCACUGAAGUAACAGGGGAAGCAACAUAACUGAAAAUGACAACUUCUACGGAGUCUUUUUGACUUGGCACUUGGCAAUCUAUACAUCCUUCUUCACACGAGAGAGCAUCACUCUAAAUGAUUUCUUCACCCACUUCGCGGUUGAGGCUUAAAUUGUCUAUACCAAUUUUCCAAGAAAGAAAAACUGUAAGCUGUCCUCAAAUAGCUGCUUCUCUGAUAGGUAUAAAUGGGCAUCGCGUCAUGUAUCUACACAAGCUCUUCCUUUAUACUGUAUACUUUAUAACCUACAUUUUCAUAUCACAGUUUGCACCCAGAAAUGACAUAUUUUUGCAACAAA